UCUGUGACUCCGUCCCGCCCUCAGUCCACGGAGCUACGCCGAGCGGAGUGCCUCGCUCUCCUCGCUCGCUCGCUCCCCCAGCCACCAUCUCUCCCCAACGCCGUCUCUCCCCAGCGCCAUCUCUCCCCAACGCCGUCUCCCCGCUGUCUCCGCUGUCUCCCCCGCGGGGUCCCCGCUGGUCCCGAGGCGUGCCCGCGGCCCCCCCGGGCCGGGCUGCAUGGACGGGCAUGGGGAUCCGCGCCUGCCCGCGCCUCGCACCCCCCGUCCUCAUCCUGUGCCUCGUCGCCGCGCUCUCGCGCCCAGUCUCGUCGCAGUGCCGCAUCCUCAAGUGUAACUCCGAGUUCGUGUCCGCCUCGUCCGGCCCCGCGGGCCCCGGGGUCCCGGCGGAGCGGGCCCGGCUGUGCGCCGCGCUGCGGGCCUACGCGCAGUGCACGCGGCAGACGGCCGCGGCCUGCAGGGGGGACCUGGCCUUCCACUCGGCCGUCCACGGCAUCUCCGACCUCAUGGCCCAGCACGGCUGCGCCAGGGACGGGCCGACGCCCGGCAGCCGCGUCAGGGGCCCCCAGGGCCAGCGGCCGGAGCACGGAGUCGAGCAGCGGGUCCCGGCGCCCUGCGGCCUCUCCCAGCACUACCACCAUCAGCAGCAGCAUCAAUAUCAACAUCAGCAGCAGCAGCAGGAAGGGCAACAAGGACCGGUGGCUUCGACGGGCGGUAGGCGAGGAGGGGGGGGAGGAGGGUCGUCGUCGGGUCCCCGCGAGGAUGUGACCGGGGCCCGAGGGGCCGUGCACUGCGCCGUGUUCGGCGACCCCCACGUGCGCACCUUCAGGGACGAGACGCACACGUGCCGUGCCCGGGGGGCCUGGCCCCUGGUGGACACCAGGGCCCUGGUGGUGCAGGCCACGCAUGCUCCCGCGGGGCCCGGCUCCAGCGCCACAGUCCUCAGCAAGAUCACCGUGAUCUUCCGCAGCCUCAAGGACUGCGCCGAGCAGAAGGAGUACCAGGCCGAGGCGGGCUCGCUGCCCGCGGCCUUCGUGGACGGCUCUCGUUCGGUGCCCGGCCGCGAGCGCGGGGGCGGAGGAGAGAGCCUGCGCGUGGUGGAGCGGGAGGCGGGCGCGCACGUGGAGAUCCAGGCGCGCUACCUGGCCACCACCGUGGUGAUCCGCCGCGUGGGCCGCGCCCUCGGCUUCGCCAUCCGCAUGCCCGAGGCGCUGCUGCUGCAGCCGCACGGAGCAGGGGGCGCCGGCGGUCGCGGGGGGGCGGCCGCCGCGGGGGCCGACGACGGCCCCGGCCUGCAGCUCUGCCAGGACGGUUGCCCCCGCGCCGAGCGCAUCGUGGCCGACGUGGACGAGGGGGCUUCCCCGCCGGGGCCCUCGGCGGAGGGGCCCGUAGCUGCCCUCCCAUCCUCCCUGGGCCGCGCGGAGGCCGAGGCGGAGUGCGAGCGCGUGCUGCCCGUGCGGGACUUCUACUUCCACGCCUGCGUCUUCGACCUCGUGAGCACGGGUGACGUCAACUUCACGCGCGCCGCCGCGGGGGCCCUGGAGGACGCGCAGGCCAUGCUGCAGGCCUCCGAGAGGGCUCACGUGCUGCGCAGGAAUAGCGAGCGCAGGAGUGCGGAGUCGGAGGGCUUGGGGCCUUCGCCCGGUAACGGGGCAGGUCCCGGGGUACACGUGGGGAGAAGGCCGCUUGCCGCACUGCUGCUGUUGAUGCUGUGUCUCGUGGUGUGAACGACGGGGACAGUUGGAGAAGCGGGAGUUUUCGGGGCCUUCUAGGCCGCCGCAGGAAUCGUUGAGUUCUGCCGCAGACCCCGCGGUGGCCAAGCUGGCCUGCUCCGCCCCGCACCUGCUGCGCACCGUCCCCCCGAGCGGCCGAGCACGGCUGCGGUUCCAGGCCCUCGUGUAGCCGGCCCAGAGCAGCCAUCGGGGGUCGUCGCCAGGAUCCGUGGCGCCAUCCCGAACAGACGCAGGGGCCGUGGCUCCGGCCACAGCCCAAGGACGGCGAGCCCCCGGGGCCACGGGCCAUGUUGGGCGGCCAGGACUGCCGCCCCCCCCACUCGCACUUUAGCUCCGUGUGACAAAACGCUCUGAAUGUGGCAUGAGCCGUAACGAGAUGAACAUGCAAGAUUUGUUGAGAGAUUCUCUAUAUUUACAAAGGUCUAAAAGCAAAGUGUGGCGUGUAUGGCAUGUAGAGUUUAAUUGUACAGGCAGUGGAUGUAUAAAGCAAAACAAACGUGUACAUAUAAUUUAUAAACUGAAUUUUAACACGUUUAAAUUAAAGCGAGCUGCGGUCUG